CAUCGACAUAACCUUCACACACAGUCACUGUUACCGGUUUUAAACAAGCAACAUGCCUUUAAGAGAGCUCUCUACGGAACUGCAAGACGUGGCCAUAAAAGAGCUAAAUGAAGAUCCCCAAAGAAUUCCUGAUGAUUUGGCUCACAUUAAAACCUGGCUUUCUAAACAGGCGUACUUAACAGCAAGGACCGAUGAGCAGUUACUUUUAACAUUUUUAAGAGGCUGCAAAUAUAGUCUAGAGCGUACUAAAGAAAAAAUAGAUAUGCAUUACACCUUAAAAACUAUUACCCCGGAAAUCUACGCGGAUCGAGAUCCAUUACGACCAGAAAUUCAGAAAGUGUUGUCUGUCGGGCCAAUGUUGCCCUUACCAAAGACUGCUCAUCCAGCUGGGCCGCGCUAUAAUCUAGCAAGAAAUAGUCUUGUCUCUAUUCAUGACUUAGAUCAAGCUGCAGUUUUUAAAGUUAGUGCAAUGAUACAGGACAUCCUGUUACUAGAAGAUGACAAUCUUGCCGUGGCUGGAACCACUUUGCUUCAUGAUAUGUCUAAUCUAUCGAUGACUCACAUAAUUUCAACAGUUUCUCCAUCACUGGUGAAAAAAAUUAUGACUUGUGUUCAACAUGGCUAUCCGAAUAGAAUUAAAGGUGCCAUUUUUUUCAAUGUUACUCCUGUCUUUGACGCAAUUCAUAGAGUGUUUAAACCAUUUUUAACUGAAAAAGUGCGGGACAGGAUGCGCAUAUGUAAAACUCCAGAGGAUUUACAUCAAGUUGUACCAAAAUCAGUACUUCCGGAAGAACUAGGUGGAGAAGGUGGCAAAAUAGAAGACAUCGUAGCCUAUUGGAAGACCAAAGUUGAAAGCUAUCGUGAUUGGUUUAUUGAAGAUGCUAAAUAUGGAACAAAUGAGAAGAAUAGACCAGGAAAACCGAAAACCUCUGAAUCGAUUUAUGGAAUAGACGGUUCUUUUCGACAGCUUGCCGUUGAUUAAUAAAAUAAACAUUGGUCUUUAUCUUAUCAGAAUUCAAUAAGAGGAACAAAUAAAUUAUGUUAUGUAA